AUGAGAAAUGGAACCAUCCAUACAGAAUUCAUCAUUAUGGGUUUUUCUGAGGUCCCACAGCACCAGUUGUUAUUGUUUGCAUUGUUCUUCACUAUCUACCUUUUAACCAUUCUGGAAAAUGUCAUCCUCAUUGUGACAAUUUGGUUUAACAGUCACCUUCACACUCCCAUGUAUUUUUUCCUAGGAAAUCUCUCACUUUUAGAAAUCUUCUAUGUUUCGGUAACAAUGCCUAAACUGUUUUCCAAUCUGUUAAUGGGUGAGAAGACCAUCACUUUGGGGGGCUGUCUUGCUCAGCUAUAUUUUUUCCUAUCUUUGGCUUCCUCUGAAUGUUUCCUCUUGGCGGCAAUGGCUUAUGACCGGUAUUUGGCCAUUUGUUGUCCGUUACGUUACAGAUCACUAAUGAACUACAGAGCCUGCAUGAAUUUAAGCCUGGCAUCCUGGCUAGGAGGCUUCCUGGCUUCCUUCCCAUCUGUGGUGAUGAUCUCCAAUUUGCAGUUUUGCAGCAAAAAUAUUAUCAGACACUUCUUCUGUGACAUCUCACCUUUGUUGAGGCUGUCAUGCACUGACACUUCAUUGAUAGAGCUGCUGGAUUUUGUGGCUGCCCUUGCAGUCCUUAUGACUUCACUGCUAGUGACUGGAACCUCUUACGUAUGCAUCUUUUGUACAGUUGCAAAAAUCUCUUCUGCCAAGGGGAAACAUAAAGCCUUCUCUACCUGUGUCUCACACUUGGCAGUUGUCUCUAUGUUCUAUGCCACUACCAUAUUCAUGUAUGCUCGACCAAAGGCCAUUGGAACCUUUGAUGUCAACAAGAUGGUUUCUAUCCUCUACACUGUGGUGGCUCCAUUCCUUAACCCAAUGAUCUACAGCCUUAGGAACAGGGAAGUGAGAGAGACUUUAACCAGAGCCAUACAUAGAACAGCUAUUUCUGCUGGAUGGUUUCAGACAGAAAGGUUAAAGAUACCAUAG